AUGGUCGCGGAAGUUACAAAGUGUGCCGCGCUUUUCGGUGGCUUUUGCCUCAGUCUCCAGUACAACGGAGACCAAGGACUCAAAAACCCGGAGACGGGCUGCUCCUUCUCAGCCCAGUACGCUGCCAAAAUUCCUUCCUCCUCCAAAGCCGGACCGUCAGCCGAUAUCCCUCUCCAGACUCUUUCGUCCUCGCACAGGGACCGAGACGACGACUCCGUAUCCCUGAUCAGCCCCAACGAGAAGCUUGGCAGCCGGCGGUCCUCCUUUUCGUCCAGGUCGGCUGACUCGGAGUUCUCGCUUUGGAGUGAUACUGGGGAUCUAGUUGAUCAGCUCGCGGGAGAAGAGAAUCCUCUGCACGUUAGGCGCCGGCGGUCAGUAGAGGAUAGCCGGCUCGGGGGUUCAGCUAAGAACAAGCACCCCAAGCGCGUUCGUUACCAGUCCCACGAGGGAGACGAAGAGAAAGCAGGGCAAACUGGCGUCGUUAAGAGGAAAGAGGAUAUAGAGAUACCCAAUCCGGGCCCCCGGAAAGUUCCCCGCGCGGAACAGAUACUGGCCUUCAUCAUGUCUCCGAAUGAUGGACCGUCCCGUAUGCACGGGUUGCACGGCAAGAAGUUAAUUUAUUUUACUAGCGUUUUCGUGUCGUUAGGCGUUUUCUUGUUUGGAUAUGAUCAGGGCGUUAUGUCAGGCAUCAUCACCGGUGCAUACUUCCGAGACUACUUCGAUCAACCCACCCGGGCGGAGAUCGGAACCAUGGUUGCCAUCCUCGAGGUCGGAGCUUUCAUCUCGUCAAUAAGCGUAGGGAGAAUUGGCGACAUAAUAGGCCGAAGACGGACCAUCCUAUACGGAUCCAUGAUAUUUCUGGUUGGUGGCGCCUUUCAAACGUUUGCUAAUGGCAUGCCAAUGAUGAUGUUUGGAAGAAUCAUUGCCGGUCUCGGAGUGGGAGCGUUGUCGACAAUUGUGCCUGUUUACCAGUCGGAGAUUUCCCCGCCUCACAACCGUGGCAAGCUGGCUUGUAUUGAGUUCUCGGGCAACGUCUCUGGGUACCUCGCCAGCGUCUGGGUCGACUACUUCUGCAGCUACAUCAAGAGCGACUUAUCGUGGCGAAUACCUCUCCUCAUGCAAUGCGUGAUGGGUGCGCUGCUUGGCUUGGGCAGUUUCCUUAUCUGCGAGUCACCAAGCAGGUGGCUGCUGGAUAACGACCACGACGAAGAGGGCAUUGUCGUCAUAGCCAAUCUCUACGGCAAAGGCGACAUACACAAUCCCAAGGCACGAGACGAAUACCGCGAGAUUAAGAUGAAUGUUCUGCUUCAACGGCAAGAGGGGGAGCGAUCGUACGGCGACAUGUUCAAGAGGUACUACAAGCGAGUCUUCAUUGCCAUGUCCGCUCAAGCCUUGGCUCAACUCAACGGCAUCAACGUGAUCUCCUACUACGCUCCCUUGGUCUUUGAGCAGGCUGGAUGGGUCGGCCGCGACGCUAUUUUAAUGACAGGCAUCAACGCCAUAACCUACCUCUUGUCUACAAUUCCGCCAUGGUACCUCGUGGACAGAUGGGGUAGACGGAUGAUACUCCUUUCCGGAGCCUUGGCUAUGAUCGUCUCGCUCUCAGCAAUCUCGUAUUUCAUCUACAUCGACAUACGGUGGACGCCUCGCCUAGUCGUCAUCUCCGUGAUGAUCUACAACGCCGCAUUCGGCUAUUCCUGGGGGCCCAUCCCAUGGCUGUAUCCUCCAGAGAUCCUCCCACUCAGCAUCCGAGCCAAGGGUGCAAGUCUGAGCACAGCUACCAACUGGGCGUUCAACUGGCUUGUCGGCGAGAUGACACCUAUCCUGCAAGAGUGGAUUCAGUGGCGUUUGUACCUCCUGCAUGCCUUCUUCUGCGCCGUUAGCUUCGUUGUCGUAUGGUUCAUCUACCCCGAAACAGCCAAUGUCCGCCUCGAGGACAUGAAUGCCAUCUUCGGCGAUGCCACGUCCGUGAUGCCGACGCCCGCCACCAUCGCGGAAGCCGAGUCUCUCUUCAGCGGCAAUCGCUCGCCCGUGCCUUCCAUGGAUCUCAGACGCCAGUCCAUCAGCGCAGAGAACGCGAUUCCGGGUCUCAAUAUCGAUCCGCCUGGGGUGGACGUCAAGGACGGCAGACCGGUGCUGUCGAGAAAAGAGUCAGACAGGUCGGAGGGCUUGGGCGGCUGGAUCUCGAAUCUUGUUAAGCGCGGCACGGGCGGUGGGGAGGGGGAUAGCAGUAGUGGGCAGUAUAGACGUGUGGGCCAGGACGAGAAUUAG